GUGAUCGCGGCGCGCACACGCGCAACGGGCGCGUCCCAGGCGCGCCGACCUGAGGCCUGAGGGAGCCUCAUUGCGCCGUGAGACGCCCGUACGUUCGCGCGCACGAAGCUCCGUCUCUCGCAUCAGCUUCGCUCGAGGAGAGGGCUCGGCUCGGCGGCGCGCGCGCGCGCGCGAGAGAGAGCGAGAGAGCGUAUACUUUGUUUUCCUUCUCGCUUUCUUCUUUUUCUCGCAUUGUUUCGUUUCGCCUCGACGCUCCGUGGGAGCAGUGCCCCGCUCCCGUUUCUUUUUUAUCCGACGGAGCCGUUCCACCGUGUUCAUCGUUCCUGCGCGAAUAUGGAUACGAAUCAGGCGCCUCUUUCCCCGCCAGCCUCGCCCCAGCUGAAACAUAUGGAACCGCAGAUGCAGAUGCUGUCGUUCAGCGUCGCGGCCCUGCUGGGGGAGAAGCUCUUGGAGAGCCGGUCGGCCCAAGCCAAGUCCGAACGGAAGGACGAAGAGGACGCGGGCACCCGGCGGCCCGUUCUACCGCCCACCCCGCAGCCCUCCGACUCGGAGGAGGACGAGCCACCUCGGAAGCGGCGGUGCGUCGAGCAAUGCGAGCUGGCGAAGCUGCUGCUAGAUGGCACGCCGCCACCGAGCCCAGAGCCAGCCCGGGUUUCGGUGAUAAUGCGCGCUAAUCGAGACGGCACCUGCAGUCCGGCCAAUCUCGCUGGGUGCCCGGCGACCAGCAGCGGUCAACCGGUACCACGCGAUUCGCCCGCGCGACAGUCGCCCAGUCCGCGGGCGAACGCGCGAGCGAGCGUAACGGGACCGGUGGAGGAGGACGUGCUACGCAGCCUCAAGUUCAAGAUGAGCUUGCGCAAGGAGGAGAUCAUUGUCAACAGCAAGAAUACCGAUCGCGAGAGCUGCCAGCAGCAGCAACUGCAACAGCAACAACUACCACAGUAUCAGCAUCAGCAACAAGUACCGAGAUUGCAACCCCUGGCUCCGAAACCCACGUCCAUCGUGGUCGCGGGUCUGCUGAGCUCACCCCUGGUCUUGCCGCGCACUCCCCUUCUGCUGGUCGCCAGCGCGGCGCCGACGAGCGUGACGAGCGCGGUCACCACGACGACGAGCAUGGGCGCCGCGGAGACGCGGCGACGCGUCUACGAGUGCGAGCACCCGGGCUGCGGCAAGAACUACUUCAAGUCGUCGCACCUUAAGGCCCACACGCGCACCCACACCGGCGAGCGGCCGUUCCCGUGCCCGUUCGACGACUGCAGCCGCCGCUUCUCGCGCAGCGACGAGCUCUCGCGGCACAAGCGCACGCACACCGGCGAGAAGAAGUUCGCCUGCGCCGUCUGCCAGAGGCGAUUCAUGAGGAGCGAUCACCUCGCGAAGCACGUGAAGCGUCACACCAGGGACAAGUCGUCCGCCUCCGUUGCCGCUGCCGCCGCCUCUUCGUCCUCGAGCGGUCAGAUCGUCGCCACCCAGAUGGCCCCGGCGCCGCUGAGGGUGAGCCUGCUGCCGGUACUGGCGCCGCGACUCGCGCGACCCAUUCACCAAUUGGUGCCGCCUCAGCUGGCGGCUUGAGGCACGCGCCCGCGAUUACCCAAGUCGCUCAAAAGCUUUGCGCUCCCCUCUGUGUGCCUUAAUUAGACCCAGAUUGGAUCGGCUUGCUCUUGGCACGUCGAUGAUGAAGAGCACUGCUGUGAGGGAAACUGGUCUCGACUGAGAGAGAACGUUGAAGACGAGAAUUGAACCCGAUGCUUUAAUUGGGAUAAAAAUGGAAUCUAAGAAAGGUGAAGAGUUUGAUUCAUUCUGAUGUAGCGGAAACACGAUAGCAGGUGUUGAUCUAUUAAUCUGGUCAAUUGGACGAAGAGAGUUUCGAUGUUUCGAGAUGGGAUUGCCAUCUUGAGAGAAAAUGGAGCGAGUCGAGCGAAGCAGGGAGGAAGGCAGAGCUAGCCUGUUAAAAGGGGUGUGGCAAAGACACGAGGCGACGAUUGGUCCAGCCAUCGCAAGUCAAGGGACUCUGUCGUCGUCAGCAAACCGAGUACAUAAAUGUGUCUGUGAUGUUGUGACACGUGAGGACUUCAGUGUGUCGUUCACUCGAGAGUUCUGCUAUCUCAUGGGCCGCACUGCGAAGACUCGGACUCUCGCAUUCGCAGCGUAUGUGCACUCGUCAGCACCUAAAAUACGGCCGCGCGCUCUUCAGUUUCGGAACGGAUGUGAUCGGCGCGUUAAACGGAUCGCGAACACUUGACGCGGGGAUGAGAGCGAACUGAAGAUUCCCAAGGGUAUCGUUUAAGAUCGCUCGAUUCCUCGCUGGUCGGAGAUUCUCUGCAGACAACGCAGAAAUCUAGGAGCUAUUCGAAGGAUUGUUCUUUCAGCUUGUUUUAGAUCUUUCUAUUGUUUAGCUUACCGCUGACUGGAGCUAAACGCAGCUGCUUAGCAUUUAGCUUGGAGCGCGUUGACCGAGGAACGGAGAGAAAGAAUAUUUAUUUAUGAGGAGACAAGACAUUUAUCGAUUUAUGUAUAUAACGGUUGUGUACAGGCUUCUAAGAUUACGAUCGCGUUAACUAGACCAAGUUGUACAUAUUGAAUAUGGAUAACGUGGAAGCGGAUGCGAUAAAAACUUGGCGGAGAUCGUCAUCGACUCUGUUGAUUUUUCAAAGUCUAACCGUUUACUGUUUUGCUUGUAUCCUUCAGCUGUCUGAAAUAUCUCCCUCCUUUCCAGAGUUCAUUUCGCGUUUGACGCAAUUCAAGGGAGAGAUUGCGAUUGCUGUAACUUGUAAAAUAUUGCAUCCGCUCCUCGGAUCGCGAAGUGUAUAUAUUGUAUUUGUAUCACAGUCAGGUGGAGUAAACCCUCACACUUGGCGGCAUAAGACUUCAGUGUAUCGUUAAACUGUAUAAAAGUUUUUCUACAACUAAAUAAAUUGUAUACUUUCGUAAAUCA